CUCCCCUCUGUCCCCCCUCUUCCACCCUUGUCUUUAAAAAAGCAGCAUGUGUUUGUCCCUCACACAUACAAAGUCCGGCCCGACUGCAAGCAUGUUCUCUGGGCUGCUCCUGCUGUCCCUGUGGGCUCUCGCUGGAACCGAGUCCCUGUGGGAUUCAGAGUCGUGUCCAGAAAGACUUGUGGGAACAGAGGGGAGGAGGACGUGUCCUCGGUCCUGCAGAUCUGACAAGGACUGCGGCGGGAAACGUCAGUGUCUGUGCGACAGUGAGUGCGGCCUCAGCUGCGUGGUUCCAGGUCGUACUUGUCCCUGGCCUCUGUCCCUCAGUGAAAACUCAAAGGCGCGCCUCCUCUCUCCCACUCCCUCCUUCUCGGCCCUGCUAGAAGUGCGCUGCAAGCCAGGCUUCACUUUGGCCAAUGGCUUGGAUGCCACUAUCCGCCGUUGUCAGGGAGACCGGCAGUGGAGUGGGGAUGAGCCCAUCUGCACAGAGGUAAAGUCACCUGAGCUUCCUGACGUGCGGACUUGCCCUCUGCCUCAGCAGGUGAUCAACACCUUCAGCAUCCAUGGAGACGCCUCAGCGGGGACUUCAAUCCGCUACAGCUGCCUGUCAGGGGCAGACAUAGUUGGGAGACAGGAAAACUUCUGCCAGUUUAAUCAGACCUGGCAGUAUCCUCACCCCACCUGUAAAGAAAUGUUAUGUCAGCCUCCUAAAGAGGUGGAGCAGGGUUAUGUGGUGGCGGUUCAGAAGACUGAGUACGAGGUUGGCUUCGACAUCCACUAUCUAUGCAAGAAGAACUUCCUGCUGGACGGACCCCAGAAGAUCACCUGUCUGUCGAAUGGUAGCUGGAGUGCAGCACCGCCUCAUUGUAGAGCUCGCUGCGUCAUCCCCGCCGAGCGAAGUCGUGUGGUGAUCGGAGGAGUGAAGCGCUGGCCAUUUGAUGUUACGGACGCUUUGGUCCCCCAUGGGGAAAAUGUGACAUUCUUCUGCAAACAUCCUCGGAAGCAGUGCAGCUUCACCGCAUCCCAGAUCUGCUUUGAUGGAAAGUUGGAAACACCACCCUGCUACCUUGAGCCCACGUGGUUACAGUAUAAACUCUUCCCUCAUCGGCUGGUCUCAGAAAUCGAAGUGUGUGAGCCAGGCGAUGUGGAGUGAAGUUGUCUCCACUUUUUUUUUGUUUUGUUUUUGGAACACAUAAACUCCCCAUCACAUCACAGGACUUCUCUGCAGCUUCACCGUGAUGAUGGAGGCCUUGUGUCGAUCACUGUUCAAGUCCUAUAAAAGCAUCACUUUAACCCUCCUCCAGCUUUGGCAUAUGCACAACCUUUUGUCUUGUUACUCACAACUCUGAUCCUUUGUAAUAUUUCACUGUUAUCUUUUAAACAGCAAGUCUCCAGGCGUGUAAAUUUAUUAUCUCCAAUAAAAAAAAUGAUGUGGAAAAGAAAGAA